UAGUGCCGGUAGGGAACCGGAAGCUUUUCCGCCCCGACCGUCGGAGGGCGUCCGCAUCGGUUGCGCAGGCGCAGUGACUCCCGGGCGGAGUUGUGGGAGGGGAGGAGGAAGAGGCGCAAGGGGGCGGGGGCCGGUCCCAGAAGAUGGCGGAGGCGGGGGAUUUCAUGUAGGUCCUAUUUCAGGAAGAGAAGUGGUACUGUUGAAACACAAAUCUACUUUGCUUCUACACACAGUUGGCUGGGAAGCCACACUUUUUUUGCCUUUUUCUUUCCCCACAAUUUACAGAACUUAUGAAACCAUGGCAGAAGGAGAGACAGAGUCACUGGGGCCGAAAAAAUGUGGCCCCUAUAUCUCAUCAAUCACUAGCCGAAGUGUGAACUUGAUGAUUCGAGGAGUAGUGCUGUUCUUUAUUGGAGUAUUUCUCGCAUUAGUGUUAAAUUUGCUUCAGAUUCAGAGAAAUGUGACUCUCUUUCCUCCUGAUGUGAUUGCCAGCAUCUUUUCUUCAGCAUGGUGGGUACCACCGUGCUGUGGUACAGCCUCAGCUGUGAUUGGGUUAUUAUACCCCUGCAUUGACAAGCAUCUGGGAGAACCACAUAAAUUUAAAAGAGAGUGGUCCAGUGUGAUGCGGUGUGUAGCUGUCUUUGUUGGUAUAAAUCAUGCCAGUGCUAAAGUGGAUUUUGAUAACAACAUACAGUUGUCUCUCACACUGGCUGCGCUAUCCAUUGGACUGUGGUGGACUUUCGAUAGAUCUAGAAGUGGUUUUGGCCUUGGAGUGGGAAUUGCUUUCUUGGCAACCAUAAUCACUCAACUACUAGUCUAUAAUGGUGUUUACCAAUAUACAUCUCCAGAUUUUCUUUAUGUUCGUUCUUGGUUACCUUGUAUAUUUUUUGCUGGAGGUAUAACAAUGGGAAACAUUGGUCGACAACUGGCAAUGUAUGAAUGCAAAGUAAUUGCGGAAAAAUCUCAUCAGGAAUGAAGAAGGCAAACAUAUAUCUUUUGUACAGAAAAGCAAGAUGAAAAGGACAUGUAAAUGAUAGAUAUGCCAAUGAAACUUUGGACUGUAAAAUUGCCAGAAUGCAGUUUUUUCUCUUGAUUGGUAUAUAUAUAUACACACAUAUAUAUUUAUAUAUAUAUACUCACAUACACACAUCACAUAUAUAAUACUGCAAUCUGUGAUUGCUUCAUCUGUAAAUCAGUUACAAACCUUUAUGUAUUUGACUUAAAUAACUGUAAAAAAAAAUAUAUAUAUACACUACAUUAAAAGUAUGUUGAUUAAUAGAUGAAAUUUUUUAAUUAAUUUUUUAAUGUACCAUAUAUUGUAUUAUAGGGUUGAUGUGCCAAAAUAUUCUGUUAUUGCCAUGCAGAGUAUAUGAGUGUUUUGAAUAAUUUAUUUACUUAGUGAAAUGAAAUAAGAGGAAAGCCAAAAAAUAAAAUAAAAAGCAAAUAGAGAACUGGCAUAUUUUUUUUCUUUUAUACUUACUGUUGUGCCUUUGAACUUUUCCUAAUCACAGCAGUAUCAGUUUUGGGUAAUCUAAUAUGUGGCUAGUGUCUAGUUUAGUGUCCUGUUAGAAAGUUUUGGGUGUUUCUAUGUCCCAAAGGAAAUGAUCUGUCAUAGAAUAUCUUCAAACCUGCAUUACUGGAGAAAGUAAUUUUUUGUUUUGACUAAACACUGGAAGUAAAAGUGAUUAGCAGGUGAUGUUACUAGUAUUAAAUUGUUUCGUUUCUAAAUCUGAAAGACUAUAUAACUAAAAGUAAGGACCAUUGGGGAACUUAACCAGAAGACAUGUUUUUAAAAUACCAGAUGUUAACCACAGUGCAAUAAUCCCUUGCUUUUGCACAUGUUGAAUGUGUGCAACCCCAAGCAAUCCAAAAUGAAAAUUUUAAAUCUACUGGAUUAUAUUCUUGAUUCCUGUAAAGAAAACCAUUGUAGCUGGGCUAAGCCUUAUCAGUAGAAUGCUUUCCAGGGAAUGGAUGGGUAAGUAGUAUGCCCAUUAAUGAAUAGCUCAAGUUUGUUUAAAAAUAUAUUCAGAUGCAUUUUUUGCAUGUUAAAUAUCUUGUUAUCAGAUUUAUGCAUAUCUUUCCAAUGACAUGAGCCAUUUCAGUGUGAUCUAAACACAUAAUAGUUAACUUUUAUCCCCAUUUUUAUUUUCGAAAUUGAUGAAACUUAUUUGAUAUACAAGGGUGAAAUUUUCUAUAUAUGUAUUCUGCAUUCUCUGGAGUGUGUGUGUGUGUGUGUGUGUGUAUGUGUGUGUGUUAGAUUCAGAGAAAGAAUAUAUUUGUAUAUGUUUAAGUGCAUGUGCUCCUACUCUCUGAAGUGUUAAUUAGAUAUGUUUAUUUUUGGUUUUAAAACCAUUGCUGUCAGACUGAGGACUUGUAUGCCAAACUUUAAUCUGCUUUUAUGUUUUAAGGCUGAAAGUGUGAAAAAUCCUAAAAGGAUUUCAUACUGAUUAUAUGUACACAAUCUUAACUAUAGUGGUAGUAACUAUACUGCUAUAAUUUAUUGUUCUAUCUUCCAAAUAUUGUUAUUCCUAUAGAACAAAUAAAGUAUAUUUUUAGAAUCAACUUUGUAAGUACUAUAAAUCUUUAAUAAGUUAUAAGGUCUAUAAUAUGUUUACUUUGAAAAUUGCUGUUAAAAGCAAAAUGUAUUAAAUAUGUAAUUAU